GGUUUCGCGGGCGCGAGUCAAGUGCGUGGGGGUAGGGGGUGUUCGAUUGGACGACGCCGACGGUGGAGGGACGCACAGGCUUAUAUAAACGCAAUUGCGAGCACGGUGUCGCACAUCUGACCCCGACGUCGUCAAGGAACCACGAGGGAACCCCACGGAGCUGCAAGGAGCCGUAAGAAGCACUAAGGAACCACCAGGAACCGCUAGGAACAGGUCGGGGGUCGUUCGGUGCCGUAUUUAUUGGAAGAUCAACGAGGCAGCGGGCUAGAACAUCAAAGAUGCAGAGGGAAACCGUACUUUCUUGGAUGCUCUUGGCGGCUAUUGCUGUAGUUACACUCUCCUCCUCUGCAGGGGCAGCACCCUACACACCUCAGAGCUACUGGAAUCAACUUGACGAAGACGACCCUGAGGUGAUGUUGGAGAUGCUGGCUAGGAUCGGGCAGAACUACAUCCGCACACACGAUCUCGAAAACACCAAGCGGGGUUUGGACCUGGGACUGAGCCGCGGCUUCAGCGGCUCCCAGGCGGCGAAACAUCUGAUGGGCCUCGCAGCAGCAAAUUACGCCGGUGGUCCAGGAAGGAGGCGUCGCUCCGAACAAGCGUAGAUGUUCUUUAACAGUCCUGCUAGCUCGGUUCCCAAAUCCGCGAAAGACCCUUAAACAGCCCGUCCUUCCUUGCCGAAAAGAAAACUCGAAGCGGCUCUUGUUCCUAUGAAAUCCUCCCCAGCAUCCGGUCCUUCCCCCGUCCUCGCCUGCUCUCUACUUCCGCUUUCCAGGUCUCAUAGAUCUCUAGGACUAGAAUUAGACCACGUGCGAAAACUGUCUCGUUUGCAAUUAAUUGCAGUGUAUAAACAAAGCCUGAUACCGCUCUCGUUUCGGAUCCUUACGCGGAAAAGGAGGUAAUGUACAAAUUCCGCGAUGAUCUCUCCCCGGUUAGAAUCGAGCAUCAGCUGAUUCGAGAAUCAGCUGAUCGACUGUUGCGCGUCACUGAAUCCACCAAAAUUAAAUCUCCCGGGAGAAUUGUUUUUAAAAAUGCAUCAUCUUGUCACGAUGUGUACUUAGGGCUUGCUUUGUCCUUGUUUAUAAACAUUUAUUCGUUUCCUAGAACUUUGACAAUACGUAUCCAUCGGGUCUUGAACUCAUUACAGCCCAAUUGUGAGCAUUAACACCGAUUUCCUCGAUAUUGAUCUCGUUAUUGGAGUUCGAUUCCAUCGACGAAAAUUAUUCUCUCAGUUCUUCGUCCUGGUGGAGGCGCUUGUCGAUGCUCGAUGUAAUGAUAAGCGAUUAGAGAUUAGCAUGGAAUAGUUCUUUCGUCGGAAUUAGUUGCCCUUAGAUGUAGAUAGAUUAUGUCGUCACUUUUAGGCCUAAUGAGAACUUAUGGCGAUGCUCAAGAGAUUUCUGGAGCAAUUGAUCGAUCGAUCGGCUCGUUACGUCACUGAUUACUGUCGAUCGAUCGUCUAUGUAUUACCGGAAGUAUUAGUUAUGCGAAAGGCGUCUCUCGCCUCUAGUCUAGCGGUCCUUCGAUUUCUUCGAGAGGAUUCCUUCCUGGAUUCGAUUAUUAUCGAUCGCGAUCGACCUCGCGAGAUGCACCGUACUAAUUAGCACUUACAUGGACACGUCUAUUGUCACGCUCUGUCUAUCAAGACGCAACUUCGCCUCGUGUUUCCCGUAAAUAAAUGUUACUUUAACCCACUGGCAGCGGCCUGACAAGUCUCUUUCA